GAGCUCCGGCCGCCCCCGCCCCGCCGCCGAGGCUGCCGCCGUCGCUAUGGAGUAGCCGCGACAGGACGGGGCCCGAACGAGAGACGGAGCCGGCGUGACAGGCGGCCCGCCGAGCCCUCAGGGCGACGGGCAGCCGGGCGCUGCGCCGGCAGCUUCCCUCGGGCUCAGGAUAAGCCAUUGGUGCAAAUUGAAACCAUGGAGUCCAUGCUGAAUAAGCUGAAGAGCACUGUCACAAAGGUGACAGCUGAUGUCACCAGUGCAGUCAUGGGAAAUCCCGUUACCAGGGAAUUCGAUGUCGGGCGACAUAUUGCCAGUGGAGGUAAUGGUCUUGCGUGGAAGAUAUUUAAUGGAACUAAAAAAUCAACAAAGCAGGAAGUGGCUGUUUUUGUCUUUGAUAAGAAGCUAAUAGACAAGUACCAAAAAUUUGAAAAAGAUCAGAUUAUUGAUUCCUUAAAACGAGGUGUUCAACAGCUAACUAGGCUUCGACACCCUAGACUACUUACUGUUCAACAUCCAUUAGAAGAAUCCAGGGAUUGCUUGGCAUUUUGUACAGAACCAGUCUGUGCAAGUUUAGCUAAUGUUCUUGGCAGCUGGGACAACCUACCUUCUCCUUUACCAUCAGACAUUAAAGAAUACAAACUUUAUGACGUGGAGACCAAAUAUGGUUUGCUUCAGGUUUCUGAAGGUUUGUCGUUUUUGCAUAGCAGUGUCAAAAUGGUCCAUGGAAACAUUACUCCUGAAAAUAUAAUUUUGAAUAAGAGUGGAGCAUGGAAAAUUAUGGGAUUUGAUUUUUGUAUCCAAUCAACAAAUCCAUCUGAACAGGAGCCGAAGUUCCCUUGUAAGGAAUGGGAUCCAAACUUGCCAUCCUUAUGUCUUCCAAAUCCUGAGUAUCUGGCACCAGAAUAUAUUCUCUCUGUGAGCUGUGAGACAGCCAGUGAUAUGUACUCUCUGGGAGCUGUUAUGUAUGCAGUGUUCAAUAAAGGGAAACCAAUUUUUGAGGUCAACAAGCAAGAUAUUUAUAAAAGCUUUAGUAGACAGCUGGACCAGCUGAGCCGUUUAAGCUCCAGUACUCUUCAGAACAUACCCGAGGAGGUGCGUGAGCAUGUAAAGCUACUCCUAAACGUAGCUCCGGCAGUCAGACCAGAUGCAGAUCAAAUGACUAAGAUACCAUUCUUUGAUGAUGUAGGAGCAAUGACGCUUCAGUAUUUUGAUUCAUUAUUUCAAAGGGAUAACCUGCAGAAAUCACAGUUUUUUAAAGGACUACCAAAAGUUCUGCCAAAACUACCUAAGCGUGUUAUAAUUCAGCGAAUUUUGCCUUGCUUGACUUCCGAAUUUGUGAAUCCUGAUAUGGUACCCUUUGUCUUGCCUAAUGUUCUCUUAAUUGCUGAGGAGUGCACCAAAGAAGAAUAUAUAAAGCUCAUUCUACCUGAUCUUGGUCCUGUUUUUAAGCAGCAAGAACCAAUCCAGAUAUUGUUAAUCUUCCUGCAAAAAAUGGACUUGCUUCUGACCAAAACUCCACCAGAUGAAAUAAAGAACAGCGUUCUACCGAUGGUUUAUAGAGCCUUGGAAGCACCUUCAAUUCAGAUACAGGAGCUUUGCCUAAACAUAAUUCCCACGUUUGCCAAUUUAAUAGAUUACCCAUCAAUGAAAAACUCAUUAAUUCCAAGAAUUAAAAAUGCAUGUUUGCAAACUUCUUCUCUUGCUGUCCGGGUAAACUCAUUAGUGUGCUUGGGCAAGAUUUUGGAGUACUUGGAUAAAUGGUUUGUGCUUGACGAUAUUUUACCUUUUCUACAACAAAUUCCAUCAAAGGAACCUGCGGUGCUCAUGGGAAUUUUAGGUAUUUACAAAUGUACAUUUACUCACAAGAAGUUGGGAAUUACCAAAGAACAGCUUGCAGGAAAAGUAUUGCCCCAUCUGAUUCCUCUUAGCAUUGAGAACAAUCUUAAUCUCAAUCAGUUCAAUUCUUUUAUUUGUGUUAUAAGAGAUAUGCUCAAUAGAUUGGAAGCAGAGCAUAAAACGAAACUUGAGCAACUUCAUGUCAUGCAAGAGCAACAGAAAUCCUUGGACAUAGCCAACCAAAUGGCUGGGUCUGAAGAGGCAAGAUCUAGUGGUACAGGCAAUCAGAUUGACAAGGUAUUUAAUAAUGGAACUGACCUUCUAACUAGUGGAUCUGAUAGUAAAGAGAAUGAGAUGUCUUCUAUUCAGAGAAAGGCCUCACUUACACUGGAAGAGAAGCAAAAGCUAGCUAAAGAACAAGAGCAGGCGCAGAAACUGAAAAGCCAGCAGCCUCUUAAGCCCCAAGCAACUACAGUAACACCUCCAGUGAAGCAGACAAAAGAUUUGACAGAUACCUUGAUAGAUAAUAUGUCAUCUUUGACCAGCUGUCCUAUCAACCAAGCUCAAGUUGCAUCUUCAAACAGCUUCUCUUCCAUUCCUUCAAUGGGUGUUGGAAUGGGAUUUUCAUCACCCAUUGACAGCACAAAGAGAAAUAUGACAAACGGACUAAAUACAAAUAUGGGGUUUCAGACUGCUGGAUUCACUAUGGGAGCAGGUCUUGCUACUCAGAAUUUCUUCAGCGGUCCAGGUGCAACAGGAGCAACCAAGAUGAACAUUGUACCACCUGCCAAUAUGCCAAAUUACAGUCCUAUGAAUGCUGCAUCUGCAAUCUCUCCACUGACACAACAAAACAGACCCCCAGACAUGUCUGCUUUAGAUAAUCUUUUUGGUCCUCAAAAACCCAAAGUUAGCAUGAAGCAGUUGGCUCAACAGAAAUCAAGCCAGUGGGUUAAUCAGUUUGUGCCACCGCCAGGGUCCCCGAAUGCAAGCAAUGCAGCCUUGGGACCUCAGAUGAACAUGAUAGCACAGCCAGGCUUUGGGAUACAGGGUAAUCCUUUCUUUUCUCCUCAGAACUUCGCACAACCAGCAAACACAAUGACAAACAGCAGCUCAGCUAGCAAUGACUUAAAAGAUCUUUUUGGGUAAAAUGUUUCUUCUUCUUUCAAAGAUUGAUAAAAUUUGGAUCAUGGGUAAGCUGAUUCACAUCUUGUUUUGGUUAAUAAAAGCAUGACUUGGGGAAACUUUCAACCCAGCAAAGUAAAGACUUUUGGACAGGAAAAAAGGCUGAUGUUUCAUUCACCUGGUACUGGAAUUGUGUAAGUGCAAAGUCAUCUUACAUGCUAAAGAUUUCCUGUCUCUUUACCAACAUGAGAGUGCUGAAGGUAGGAUGCGUAUAUUCAACUGUAAAAGAAGAAGUAUAUAGAAACUAUUCAGUGGUGAACUCAGUCAACUCCUAUGAAAUUUCCUACAAAAUUUUGUUUCUUAAAUUCAGCAAAAAUGCUUAGGGGAUAAUGACACUAUUGGAUGCAAACCUGGAGAAUUGCUCAUGUUGCCUGGAUUUGUCACAAGCUGUCAUUUUGUCCUACGACAGUUUGCAAAAAGAAAAUUCUUACACUGCCCCAGAAAUUUGGAUAGCCAAUACAGAGAAAACUCUAGCCAAUAGCUAUGGGUGAGACUAAGAAGGGAGCAUAUUUUGACUUUCUUCUCUCAUGUUAGCUGAUGUAAAGAAUGCAGUAGUAAACUAUAACAGGAUUCAUCAGGUGUAAGAAGUUACUCUAAAAUUUGGUUUAAGUUUGGGACAGAGUAAGAACACUGCUUCAAAGGUCAUGCUGGUUAACAGUCUCUUACAUAACGCCAGAUCCUUGUUACAAGCCCCAUAGCAAAAGCAACAUACCACUUAAGCAGAAUUUUAAAAUACAUGUGGUGAUUUCAUCACAUUUACUAUAUAUUCCAUUGUUUUGGCUAAUAUAAUACUGCUUCUAAGUCAUGUAAAAAAAAAAAUUGUAGCUACGAAACCUCACAAAAUGAAUGUAAAUGUAAAAUUCAUGUUGACUGCCCCACCUGUGUAACUAAAUGCACUUUAUAUAGUUACACAGAAAUAUCUUGAAUUAAUUAAUAAUUUUUGGUUCAAUUGAGACGAUGAAAAAGGAUCGCCUUAUACAAUUUGCACAGGGUUGUGUGAAAAAGCAGACUGCCAUAAAUUGCCUUGACUAGGAUGAACUGUUUAAUUUUGGUUUAAAUCAAGUCCUUAUGAAGGAUAGAUUGACAUGAAGUGAUUUCUCAAAUAUAGACUUGUAAGCUCUAAAGUGUAUGAUAAAUACACAGGUAUUUCAGAUCCUUUUUAUUGUAUUACUCUAAAUUCAAUAAAGGUCUCCAGAAAUCCAAAUAGUAGUUUCUUCUACUUCCAGAAGGUGUAUGUUCAGCUUGCUCA